CAAAAAUAGGGCUUACCUUCGUGCAAACAUAUCUGUUCCGGUUGAUUUUAGAUGGAUUCAGUUGAUCAUGUGGUCUUCCACAAAGUUUGAUCCAUCGAAGACAUUUUUCGUACUCGGUCUUCGGUUUUGGAAAGGGUACAAAUUGAACUCCACCAACUAGCCUAUCAGGAUACCUGUCGUCACUAUUACAAAGGCCGUGACUACACCUCUUAACCAUAUCUAUUGUUAAGGAUCCCUAAGAUGUGAUAAAACGCAAACAAAAGCUCUACUGAACCAUGCGACUUUGUCAGAGGUUAUGGCGGACGACAACAAGGGGCGUGGUUUAGGGACAUCUCUGGCCUCUGAUUGGUCAGCGACGCGGCCUACGCAAUUUCUACGGAGGGGUCAAUUCUGGGUUUGCCCUGACUUGCGUAAUGUCUUCGUAAUAUUUGAAGAGCCUUUUCACCGUCGUCUGCCGCCUCCCUCGUAACCAGCGCUAGGCUAGUGUCGGCGAGGAAAUGGAUCAGCUCCGUGAAGCAGUCUGCGUUCAACUCUGGGUCCGGUCUUCGGUGGAAAGGAUCGUAUCCUUCAAGCAAUUGAUUCCUAGCGCAGAAAAUGUGAAAAUGUGUGCAAGAAGGACUGGAGAGUGCAAGGAAGAAGUUCGUGGACCAAAAAAAGAGGAGGAGCCACAAUGUCAACUACUGGACACUGUGCUCAAACUGGAGCCGAGAAUUGUUCUACGCAGAGCAGAGAUCAGUGAAAAUCUUCAUUCAGCAGAGCAGCGGGAGUCAGUGUCCCAUCACAUCAAAGAAGAGGAGGGGGGUGAAGAGGUUCAAUGCAUCAAAGAGGAGGAGGAAGAGUUUUUACUCUUGAAAGAGGAAGAGCAGGAGGAAAUCAUCCAGGUUCCAUCCACUGGUGUCCAUUUGAAGAGUGAAGAUGAAGGUCAAAGUGAGGAGAGGCGAGGGGCGGAGCCUCGAAGCAGGAACAGCUCAAGUGAUGGAAAGUGCAACAGUGGAGGAUUACAAACAGACGGUCGUGAUGAUGAUAAUGAUGAACAAUCUGAUGGUGAUUUGACAUGUCACACUGCCAGCAAAUGCUGGAAAUGUUCUCAGUGUAGGAAAGCUUUUGCUUCUAUGAGCAAUUUGAAACGACAUAUGAAAAUACACACAGGUGAGAAACCUUUUUCAUGCUCAGUUUGUGGUCAGAGAUUCUCACGGAAUGGAACCUUAAAAAUACACACAAGAACACAUACAGGUGAGAAGCCUUUUUCCUGCUCAUUUUGUGGUCAAAGAUUCACUCGAAAGGGAGAUUUAAAAAUCCACACAAGAACCCACACUGGAGAGAAACCUUUUUCCUGCUUAGUUUGUGGUCAAAGAUUUAUUCAGAAGGUACACUUAAAUAGUCACAAAAGAACGCACACUGGUGAGAAACCUUUUUCCUGCUCAGUUUGUGGUCAAAGAUUUAUUCAGAAGGGACACUUAAAUAGUCACAAAAGAACACACACUGGUGAGAAACCUUUUUCCUGCCAAGUUUGUGGUCAAAGAUUCUCUUAUAAAUAUCAGGCUCAGACACACAAGUGUGAUGGUGAGAAUAGCAGUGACCAUAAAGGUUCUCAUGCAUAUGUGUUUGUGACGAUCUAAAAAAAAAAAAGUACUGUAAUUUCUAGAAAAUAGAAGGGUUUUCCUGAUUUUUAGGUCAAUUUUGGGGGUGGGCAUUAUACUUCAGGACACAUUAUACUCGAGAAAUUAUGGUAGUUACUAUGUUACUGACUUGGGAAACUCAACAUUCUUAUGUGUACAACCUUGAGUUGUUUUUGAUUUUUUG